AUUAAAGCAUGCGACAUACAUAGCAUCUACAAAAAUAAAUACUCUGUGUAGGUACGCCAUUGCUAGUACUUGAGGUAUUUGAUAACUGUCAAAUGUUAAAUAUAUUACUACCUAAACAUUGUAAUUUUCGUCGAUAAUAAAGUAUAAAUUUAAAAUUAUGGGAAAAACGAAAAAGGAAAUUGUAGAUAGAUGUAAGUGUUGCUUAGAGGAGAUAAGCUUGAGAAAUAUGUGGACGGAGUAUUACAGUGAGGGCCAGAAAGAGGUCUACGGUGAAAUGUUGACCGAUUGCUUCGCAUUAGCUUGGGAACACCCAUCAGAAACAGACGCUGAAUACAUUUGUGAGACAUGCAUAUGCCGGCUCCGAGAUGCUUUCAGUUUUAAAAAAGAAAUAUUAUGUACAGAUCAAUUGCUUAGAGAGAAACAGAAAAAUGUAGUCACUGAAAAUAUUAAACAAGAGGAAGAAUCAGAUCCGGAGAUCGAGACAGAAUAUUUAAGUAUAGAAUAUUUGGAUGAAGAAGACACAGGGAAAGAAAAGUCAGGUAUAAAAGUCGAAACGUCGAAUACGAAACUAGGGAAAGACGAAUUAUUAUUGAACAGUAAAACAAGGAAGUACACGGAAGAUGAUCUUGAGAAGUGUUUAGAAGCUGUUAGAACGAAAUCAUUGUCGCAGAGCAAGGCUUCCAUAUUAUAUAAUGUACCACGGAAGACGAUCAGUGCGGCGCUUGCUAGGCCAGGCACCACCAGCUCAAAAGUUGUAAGAACGAAAAGACAUGAAAAACGAACCCACGCUGAUCGCGAAAUGGCAAAAAAGAUUCAUAACAAAAUGUUCCCCGAAUUCGAGAACUUUGGUAAAGAUGUUAGCACGAUAUUUGACUGUUCGAAUGCUACGCCCAUCCGAUGCAGAGGCGGGGUCGGCUACAAGUGCUGUUUCUGUCCUGAUGAGUUUCCAGACGCCGCCGAUCUUAAGAAACAUACAAUCGAACAGCACGACAGUAAAACAAAAAGAGGUCUGAUCAAAGGAAAAUAUCUCUCAACGAUUCUUGUCAAACUGGACAUAACAUGCUUACACUGCACACUCUGCAAGACUGAUAUGAAUAACCUAGAGCAAUUAAUAGAUCAUCUAAUAACAAUUCACGGUAAGAAUAUACACAGAAAUAUAAAAAAUUACAUUCUACCGUUCAAAUUCCUGGGAGAGGAACUCAGAUGUAUCAUAUGCCACUCUCUGUUCAACAAAUUCAAAGUUCUACAGGAGCAUAUGAACACGCAUUUUAGGAACUACAUAUGCGAUGACUGUGACUCCGGUUUCGUGACUCGUUUGAUUCUCUUGAACCAUAUAAAGUGUCACCAGAUCGGGUCGUUUAAAUGCGACUAUUGCUCGAAGACAUACGACACCCAUAGGAAGAAGACAUCCCACGAACGUGCCAUCCAUAUCCAUAAAAGUAUGUUGAACAAAUGCGGGUAUUGUAAUGAAAAGUUUGAUAAACACAAGAAGAGAGAAGAUCACUUGGUCAAAGUUCAUGGCGUCAGAUUAGUUACGUUUAACUGUCAAGCGUGUGAGAAGACGUUCAUGACACAGCGAGCUUUGCGCGAUCACACGAAGCGCGAUCAUCUGAUGGAGAAACACCACGCGUGUACUGAAUGCGAUAAGAAAUUCUAUAGACCCUGCGAGCUAUCGAAACAUAUGGUCAAACAUACAGGCAUUAAGAACUACAAAUGCGAAGUGUGCUUGAAGUCGUUUCUGAGAUGGAACACGCUUCGUGAACAUCUAAGGAUACAUGCGAAUGAUAGACGGUUUAAGUGUGAACAUUGCGGGCAAACGUUCGUCCAGAAGUGCAGCUGGAGGGGACACAUGCGGUCAAAGCAUGGAGAAGGUGUUUAG